CAGGCACUUUCCAGACAAGCAGCAUAUAUAUGUGUAUAUGUGUGCACAGCCAGACAGCUCAGAAAAUCGAAUCUUUUAGUCAAAUUUCCUGAAAAUCACUAGCAACACAACGGCAAGCGACAUUGAAAGGAUGCCACAAUCCCAAGUUUUUGUUAUCCUGGCUUUAAUUAUAACGAUUCACAGCGCUUUUGCAGACAUCAAUUACGAGAUAUUCGCAGAUGACGGUUAGUGGCAAUUAAUUCUAAAAAUAGAUGAACAUCCCAAUAAAUGUGUAAUCAACACAAGCAAGGGCCAAAUGAUCGUAGACAGCCUCGAGUCGGUUCGUCAUCCCACCAAGUGCGCCAAAGUUGAGUGCGGCAAGGAUGGCUGGGCUUUAGUUUACACUUGCAAUGAACGAGACCCGCCAGAGGAAUGCGUCGAUCUAGACUUUCCCGAUUGCUGCAAAAUGUGCAAUAAUGUUUGAAAAGUAACUCCGAUAUGAUGUGAUUAAAUUUUUGGUCUACACAUUAGAAAUACGUUUAGAUAUUUAAGAAGUCCAAAGUUGCAAAUCAAGACGUUAAAUCAUCGCAUAUACUUUUAAAAUAGUUAAAUAUUUUAAUAACUAUUUCCGAGCUUGUGUCAGUGAGGCAAGGGAAAAGACCUGUGAAUUUGAAUUUCUAUUGCUUUAACGUCAGAAAUAAAAUCCCAUUUUUAGUUGUAUCGUGUUAAAAGUUACUCUGAGAAUCGAACAGAAGUUCCAGGGCAACCAUGAGCGCGCUCUCCUGGCUGCUGUCAAUCACGUUGCUGUCGAGCCUUCUAAUCGCGGUUCAAACAGCCACCUGGCAAGGACUCUACAGCGAUCCCAGACAUCCCGACAAGUGCACCAUCAAUCCGCAGCUAGUGCUGAAUCCGGGGGUGAGCGUCAAGGAUCCCACGCACGACUGUGGUCAGAUUGUGUGCGGACACAUGAGUCAGGUCACAUUCCUCGGUUGCGGAAUUAAUAUCCCACCGUCCAACUGCCAGUAUGGGGAGUCUGUUAAUUCGGAGUUGCCCUAUCCAGACUGUUGUAGGCGCACCCUUUUGUGCAACUAGGUAGGCGGAUC